ACUUUGCUGUCAAAUCAUUGUCAGAUCAUUUUGUGAUUUUUUAGUGCGGGUGCACGCGAAUUCUUUAGCUUUAGGACAUUUCUUAUUAGUUAUUGAGAAAAAAAAAUUGCAAGUUUGUGCAUAUAAAGAGUACAGUUAUAGUGACAAAUAGCAUAUUUAAAGAAUUGAACAUUAUAAUAGAGGAUAUGUCUCAUAAAACAUCAAUACCAGACAGGUGGUUGAAUUAUUCUAACGUGGGUCGUCCAAUUGAAGGAUCACCGUUGAUAGCUUUCAAAACACCUCUGAUGGAAAAAUACAAUAAGAAACUCCAUGAAUCAGAGAGGUUUACUCCUGACGAUCUUGUACAAUUAGUACCAAAUAUAGGACUAAUAAUCGAUCUGACUGCAACUAAUCGGUAUUAUAAUCCUUUGAAUUUAAUACCCAGUAUUACGCACGUUAAAUUAACCAUGCAGGGACGUGUUUUGCCUGAUGAAAAUUCAGUGAGAAGGUUCAAAAAAGUCAUAAAUGAAUUUAUGCAAGACGAUAAGAAUGCAUCUCUCUUGGUGGGUGUCCAUUGCACACAUGGAGUGAAUCGGACAGGGUAUAUGAUAUGCAGAUACCUUAUGGACUGCUUGAAAUUGCCAGCUGAUGUGGCUAUAAAAAGAUUUUCUGAAGCACGUGGGUACGAUAUUGAACGCCAUAUCUACAUCAAUCAUUUGCGAUCUUUAAAUUCUGUGCGGCACGAAGAUACGAAUUGGAGACGAGUUGACAGGAGAGAUCGACAUUCUUCUUCAUACAGAAGCUCGGACAGGCCCAAUUAUGUUUCGUAUCAUGCAAGAAGAUGUACAGAGGAUAGAAAUUGGAGAAUAUCCCGAAACUACAAUGACCCUGACAGACUUUACACUUCAAGACAAUCUCAUUCAUCCCAGAAUUGGAGAUCUCAGUCACGUCAGGAGAGUUACAAUAGGACGUGGAGAAAUCCAAGUUUGGAUAAUCGAAGAUUAUAUAGGAGCAGGGAACGUAACUGAAAUGUAAGGCAGUACGCUGAAUUUAGAUCAAGAUUAAUUUUAACCCAUUCAGUCAAUGUACCAGAAAUACUUGAGAUAGAAUGUUCAUAUUUUGGGAUUAGUUUCCCAUAGAUUGAUAGAUGAAUUUUUUUGAAAAGAAAAAGAUUUACCUAUUAAUGGGGGCGCGGGGAGCCUCUGUCAAACACACGUCUUAACGGUCACUGACUUUAAAUUCUGUGCAUUAAUUCAUUACAAACUCUAUUGCUUUAGAUAGGUUGCUAUCCAAGAAAACAAAAGUGCAACCAGAAUUCAAAUCAGGAAAGAAGAAAGAGGCCAAUUUUAACAAAUUCGACGGGAUGUCGAAUUUUCCGUCUGUCAUUUUGAACAAAAAUUUUGCAUAACCUUCCGUGAAGCAAGAAAACAAUAACAAAUUGUAUUUUCAACUCUGUCGGACUAUUUUUCCCAAGUAAUUGAAGAACUAAAGUUACUAAAAAUCCAUUCCCGACAGCAAUUCGCAUAAAAAUUUCCCAGGAAUAAAUCAUCUAAAAUCGCUCAAUUUGCGUAUGUUGUAUAAUACCAUGGUAAAGAAUGGGUUAAUAAUUGAAAAUUUGAUAAAUUAGGGAAUAUAGGAACAUCUUAGCGAAAAUAAUAUAAACUGUUAUUAAUAAUUUAAAAAUGAAUUUAAAAAGUUAUUGUGAUUGUGACAAACAAUUUUCAGGUGUAAUUGAUUAUACUCUUCAUUUCAUAUUACUUAUAAAAAAAACAAGAACAAGGAAUUAUUGAUUAAAUUUAUAGUAGAGUUUUCAUUAUUGGAUUUUAGCAUUAAGUGAUUUUAGCAACACAGAAUGUGUAAUAAAGAUAAGUGGAAAAAAUUGGCAAAAGUGUAGAUAUAAAAAAGUAAUGAUUCACUUACGUGUUGCUUUCAAUGGAGUUGUGGAUAUAAAAAGUUAAUAUUGUUUACUUGAAGUCUGGGAUAAUAUUUUCAUUCGUAACAUAUAUUUAAAGGGACUAAUAAACGGUAUUACAUGAUGGAGGCAAUUGCCCACCACGUUGAAGUGCCUUAAUGGUGGUCUCAAACAAUUUAUUUAAAAAAGCGAAAAAUAAUAAAAAAUUAAGUGUAUGCGUGUGUAUCCAA